UGCUAACAGAUAUUUAGAUAUCAGACGCAUCAUUUUUACGCGACUCACUUAAGCAGCACGUAAUAAACGUCAUUGCUUUGACCGGAGAGGAGACCAUGGCAGACCUUGGUGUAAAAGCAGGGGAGAAGGUGCUGUUGGUGUGGAGCCAACCCUCAUCCCCAWCAACCCUGAAGGAGCUGGCAGAGAGUCUAGGGUCCAUGGUUGGCUCUGAGGGCCGAGUGUCACUGGAGAAUAUGGAGAGACUACUAAUGUCUUCACAUGCAGCAUCRACUUAUGACUGGGUCCUCUCAAGUCUACUCCCUGAYAGCUCUUCCAUUCACACCUCAGAGACGCUAGCAGAGAUGGCCAGRGUGAUAAAACCUGGUGGGAAACUAGUGCUAGAGGAACCUGUUACAGGAACUAAUGACCAACAAGUGAGGACUGCUGAAAAACUUAUGUCAGCCUUGAAGUUGUCUGGACUGGUGUCUGUCACUGAGAUCAGUAAAGGACCCCUGACCCCAAAAGCUUUGUCUGCCCUGAGGACAUCUACAGGCUUCCAGGGGAACACUCUCUCCAGGGUGCGCAUGUCUGCUUCUAAACCCAACUUUGAGGUGGGCUCCUCUAGCCAGCUGAAGCUUUCCUUUGGGAAAAAGGCACCAAAACCAGAAGACAAACCAGCUCUUGACCCCAAUGUUGAAAAGGCAUGGACCCUGUCAGCCAAUGACAUGGAUGAUGAUGAUGUGGACCUGGUAGACUCCGAUGCUCUCCUGGAUGCAGAUGAUCUAAAGAAGCCAGAUGCAGCCUCCCUCAAGGCGCCCUCCUGUGGUGACGGAACAACCAAGAAAAAGAAAGCUUGCAAGAACUGYUCUUGUGGUCUUGCUGAGGAGUUGGAACAGGAAAGCAAGGKUGUCCAGACGAUCAGCCAGCCCAAGUCAGCGUGUGGAAGUUGUUACCUGGGUGAUGCCUUCCGAUGUGCCAGCUGUCCGUAUCUUGGGAUGCCUGCCUUUAAACCUGGRGAGAAGGUUGUCCUGGCCAACAUGGGGCUAAAUGAUGCCUAGGAACACAUAUUUAUGUAGUGUCACAUUAUUUACAUUCCUUACACACUGCUAACCUACCACCCCCUGGAGCAAUGUUCCCUCUUUUUUUCAGCACUGGGCAAAUUUCAGGUCUGCUGUGCACAUACUUGAAUAUUGUGAAAACUCACAUUUACUGUGAACWCUGAGGCUGUACCCACUUUAAGUUAGUUUUAACAGUGGUCAAGUACGCUACUGUUGCUAUUUGAUCAUAAUGUAGGCCUA